GAACGUCUGGGGAUUGCGUCGCGAGUUGCCGCAGAACCCCAACCAGCCUCGAGCCUCGAAGCAACCAAAGUUCUAAGGAGCAGCACCCGCUCCUCAGCCGCGCUCAAUAUCGCCGCUUAUUGACGGUCGCGCCGAUAUCUCGCGCAUUUCCAAACCUGGCCAUCAGCGCUCAUCAACAAUCCGAAACACCGUCCCAGAGCCUGGCGCAUCUCGACGAACCAUCAACGACUGCGACCCCACCGAAUCGUCAGUAGCCAGUUACCUACCUAGGUAGCUAUCGGAACAAAGCUUUGCGUGUAGAAGUUCUCCAAAUCCAGUCUUCUUCACCCGUCACCGCGCCCCCUUCCCGCGCGAAAGCCGAGACGCACCACUCCACCCACCAACUUGAAACGAUCGUCAAGCGAGAAGUUAGACAGACGACAGGCGUCGACAACAGCAAAAAUGUCCGAGGCCUACGAGCGCGAGCGCCAGAAUAACGCCCGCUUGGAUGAGCUCUCGGCCAAGGUCUCGGCCCUUCGCGGCGUGACCAUCGACAUCUACGACAGCGCGCGCUCGCACGAGGUGAUCGAGUCGACGAGCGAGACCUUCUCCUCGAUGACGACACAGCUCAAGGGCUCGGCGGGCCGGCUGGGGCGGAUGGCGGCGUCCGGGAACAAGGUGGCCAUUUUCAAGCUGUCGGGCAUCAUCAUCGGGACCGUGCUGGUGCUGUAUUACAUCUGGAGGUUGUUUUUCUAGGUCAGGUUCGGUAUGGCAUUGAGAUGGGCGCGGCCGAGGCGGUUUGGUCGUUCAGACAGCCGGGCUCCCGGCGUGUUUCGGAUGCGGAGCGGGAGCGGGAGUGGGUCGGGGAUGGGGAUGUGGUGCUGUGUGGUCGUUCAGGGCACGGGCUGCUGGUAUGGUAAUGCAGAGCUGGGCAACGCAGUGGGUGGUGCAUGGCACGGGACUUGGGAUACAAUACCGCUUUCCGUGAGGGUUGGGCUUUGGGUUUGCGCGGGCAUAGCAAGGCGUUGGGCGUUUCUUGAUGGCGCACAUUUAUCCCGGAAAAGAAGUAGAUACAUACG